AUGCUUCUAGCGUAUCGCAACGUUUCAGUCAUUGUAUCACUAUGCCUGGGCCUUUUGAUGCUCACAAGUGUGCAGGCAUAUGAGAAACUAUCGGAUGAAACCCUAAGCGCCCUUCCUCGCCCCAACUCCGAUUUCAAUAUCCACAAUGGCGCUCUGUUGUCCCCCAUACUCCAGACCCGCGUUCCUGGUACCCCGGGUUCCACAGCGGUGCUGAAUCAUUUCGCGGACUUCUUUCGAACAACACUGCCGAAAUGGAAGAUUGAGGUCCAGAACUCGACGUCUAAAACGCCAAUGUCGAAAAAAGAAGUACCUUUCAAGAACUUCAUAGCCACUCGCGAUCCUCCCUGGGCACAAAUCGGUGACGUUGAGCGCUUGACGUUGGUUGCCCACUACGAUAGCAAGAUUGAGCCAAAGGGUUUCAUUGGUGGCAUCGACAGUGCAGCGCCAUGUGCUAUGAUAAUGCAUGCUGUUCGCAGUAUCGAUGCUGCGCUGGACAAGAAGUGGACAGCGCUGCAACAACAGGGGCUCAAUGAUUUCCUCGAUGGAGAGCAUGGAAUUCAAGUGAUCUUCCUGGACGGCGAAGAGGCAUUCAAGGAAUGGACAGCCACCGACUCGCUUUAUGGUGCGCGCGCCUUGGCCACGCACUGGGAUGACCAAUUCUAUCCAGCCAUGUCCGAGUUCAAGACACCAUUAUCGUCGAUCUCGCUUUUUGUUCUUCUAGACCUGCUGGGCGCAACGAAUCCCACCAUUCUGUCCUACUAUGAGACUACUCACUGGGCAUACCAGAGCCUGGGCGAAUUGGAGAAGCGUUUCAAAUCCCUGAAGCAAUUCAAGACUUCUUCGUCGAGCCCUUGGUUCGUUGAUACCGAAAAGGAUGUCCACAAUCUCACUCCAUCGGGUGGAAUUCAGGAUGAUCAUAUUCCAUUCCUUGCCAAGGGCGUGGAGAUUCUCCAUCUCAUUGAUUUUGCGCCUUUCAAGGGAUUCCCCUCAGUGUGGCACACAAUCGACGACGACGGCGAACAUCUAGACAUGGAUACCGUUGAAGACUGGAGCAUGGUUGUCACUGCUUUCGCUGCAGAAUGGUUGGAGCUGGAAGGUUACUUCGAUCAGCCAAAAGCUGCCACAGCACGCAGAGAUGAAGAGUAUGCUGCAUCGGAGGCCAUACGUCUGAACAAGAAGACCGAGCUGUAA